AUGCCCCUGCAUCAGUUUUUACUAGAGCCAAUCACCUGUCAUGCCUGGAACAGGGAUUGUACCCAGAUUGCCCUUAGCCCCAAUAAUCAUGAAGUCCACAUCUAUAAAAAGAACGGGAGCCAGUGGGUGAAAGCUCAUGAACUCAAGAAGCACAAUGGACACAUCACAGGUAUCGACUGGGCUCCCAAGAGCAACCGCAUUGUCACUUGUGGGGCAGACCGCAAUGCCUAUGGCUGGAAUCAAAAAGACGGUGUCUGGAAGCCAACCCUGGUGAUCCUGAGAAUUAACCGUGCGACCACUUUUGUCAAGUGGUCCCCACUAGAGAACAAGUUUGCUGUGGGAAGUGGAGCAAGACUCAUUUCUGUUUGUUACUUUGAGUCUGAAAAUGACUGGUGA